AUCUUUGUACAUAAGUGUUCUUAAUUAGUGGAAAACAAAUAAAACAGUCUAAAAUGAGUUUAAACAAAAUUUUAAGCACUUUAUGUGCUAUAAUAGUUUGUUUAACGUUUGUGUUAUCUAGUCCGAUACCAGUGCCAGAAAAUGCUUUAACACAAUUAGUGGAAUUGGACGCUUCGCCGAUUCAAGCAAUUCCCAUCGUAUCAGAUGCAAAUAAUAAUCCAACUCGAAUUGCACGUCAUCUAUUCAAACAUAAACAUCACGGAGGUGGAAGUUGUAACCGGUGUGGUGGUGGUGGUUAUGGCGGCCACGGAGGUGGUGGCUAUGGUGGUUCAGGAAGUUUCGCAGGAGCAGCAGCUGGAUCUGGAUCCCAUGGAGGAAGUUCUCAGUCACAAGCUCAAGCAGCUAGCUUUGGUUUUGGACCAUUUACAGCAUCAAUUGCAUCUGCGGCCAGUUUUGGAGGAAAUCGGGGUGGUGGAUUUUUUGAUUACUAAAUGUAAUUAAUAUAUUUAAUAUUAAAACGACUGAGGAAACGGUUUUUUACCGUUUGUCCAUUAUUAAUUUUUUAAGAACACUUUUAGUUUAUAAUUGU